GCACAGAAAGCGAGCGAGGAGAGAUUUGGAUGCUUUUCUGAAGCUAGAGAGUUUAGUCGAUGGCAUCAUCUGAGAUAACAUCGGGGGCGUUGGUUACAUUGCAAGAUUUGCAUCCAUCUUCCCCAUAUUUCAAGCAAGGAGCAUCGUUACGAGUAACCGGAAGGUUACAUGAUUACUCUGUAGAGACGGCCAUUGCCACAAUCGCCCAUGGAAGUGAGAGGUUAAAAAUCAACACGCAGCACCUCCGAGAGCUCAGCUUUCGAGUUGGAUCCAUCUACCAGUUCAUCGGCGAGCUGCUUAUUCAACCGGAUAAUGAGGCAGUGUUGCAGGCACGUGUGGGAAGGAAUGUCGACGGCAUUGACCUCAAUCUAUAUCAUCAGUCUCUGCAACUGAUAAGACAAUUUCAGGCCAACCAUUUGAAGAAGCCAGCAACUUAAUGCAAUUAUUCUUUUGGAAAGGCUCAUGUGGUUGAAAUUUAUCCUGGUCCCCUUCGUGUCGCACUCCAUACCUAUGCAUUUGUUGAAAAGAACUUACCUACGCUGAUAUGUCAUUGUAGCAGUAUUUCAAGCUAAUGAUACAUUAUCAUUUCAUAAAGUUAAAAUACUUGACUAAGUGUAUUUAGUACCUCCACAUUUGCACCCCAUGUAUAGGUAAGUUUCUCUCGUCUUUGUAAACAUUCUUUUUAGAGAAGGCUAAGGAGAUUCUCUCAAAGUAGAACUCUACAUGGACUCUUUGCCAGAAGAGGAUUAUUUCCCCUCCUAA